GGCAAGCCGGUGACGCUGCCGAAGAACCUGACGGCCGAGCAGCAGAAGCGCGUGGACCGCGGCUGGGCCGACAACGCCUUCAACCAGUACGUCAGCGACAUGAUCUCGCCGCACCGGAGCCUGCCAGACGUACGCGACGACAAGUGCCGUGAGAGCAAGUACGCGGCCAACCUGCCCGACACGGCGGUCAUCAUCUGCUUCCACAACGAGGCGUGGUCGGUGCUGCUGAGGACAGUGCACUCGGUCAUCGACCGCUCGCCGCCGCACCUGCUCAAGCAGGUCAUCCUGGUGGACGACUUCUCCGACAUGGAGCACGUGGGCAAGCCGCUAGAAGAGUACAUGGCGCAGUACCCGAAGGUGAAGGUGGUGCGGGCGACCAAGAGGGAGGGCCUGAUCCGCGCUCGUCUGCUCGGCGCCCGACACGCCACCGCCGACGUGCUCACCUACCUCGACAGCCACUGCGAGUGUACCGAAGGCUGGCUGGAGCCGAUGCUGGACCGGAUCGCCCGGAACCGGACGACGGUGGUGUGCCCCGUGAUUGACGUCAUCGACGACACCACGCUCGAGUACCACUACCAGAAGGCGGCCGGCACCUCGGUCGGCGGCUUCGACUGGAACCUACAGUUCAACUGGCACGCGAUUCCGGACCGGGAGAAGCGGCUGCACUCGCACCCCUCGGAGCCGGUGGCGUCGCCCACCAUGGCUGGCGGCUUGUUCGCCAUCGACCGGCGCUGGUUCGAGACGCUCGGCACCUACGACGAAGGCUUCGACAUCUGGGGCGGCGAGAACCUCGAGCUCAGCUUCAAGACUUGGAUGUGCGGCGGCCGGCUGGAGAUCGUGCCCUGCAGCCACGUGGGCCACAUCUUCCGGAAGCGCUCGCCGUACAAGUGGCGCUCUGGCGUGAACGUGCUGCGCCGCAACAGCGUCCGGCUGGCCGAGGUCUGGAUGGAUGACUACAAGAAGUACUACUACCAGAGGAUCGGCUUCGACACGGGCAACUACGGUGACCUGACGUCGCGCAAGGCGAUUCGCGAGCGGCUCGGCUGCAAGUCGUUCCGCUGGUUCUUGGACAACGUCUACCCGGAGCUCUUCAUCCCGGGCGAGGCGGUCGCCAGCGGCGAGGUGCGAAACCUGGCGAUGGGUGGCAAAACAUGCCUCGACUCGCCCGCCCGGCGAAAGGACCUCCACAAACCCGUGGGUUUGUACCCCUGUCACAGCCAGGGUGGCAACCAGAUCCGCAACGAGGUCACAAAUAUUUGCGUGGACUCGCCGUGCGAUCCGAAGGAUCUGUAUAAAGCGGUGGGAACGUACCCGUGCCACAAGCAGGGCGGGAACCAGUUCUGGAUGCUAAGCAAGGAGGGCGAGAUUCGACGUGACGAGGCUUGCAUGGACUACUCAGGCUCUGACGUCGUUCUGUACCCGUGCCACGGCUCCAAGGGCAACCAGUUCUGGGCGUACGACCCCCAGACACAUUUCAUCCAGCACGGUUCGAGCAAAAGAUGUUUGGGCGUCAGCGCAGACAAGAAGAAGCUCACCAUGGAGGAGUGCUCGCCGCUGGAGCAGAGGAUACGGUGGAAUUUCCAGAACUACGACGCGUCCAAGUUGUUAUAGCAUUUGUGCAUUAUAUCUGUUGGAGAUUGGGGGCGUUGGGGUUGAAUAGGGAAGAAGCAUGAAAAUGCCAUACUCAAGCACCGGUCGACCGUGGAGCAAACUACCGAUUCUCCAAUUCGUCGAAAGGUGUCACUUCUUUUCCCGCCUUCUAUUCACCGGCCACUCUACACAUGCAGGCUAGCCCUCUCAGGGAACAGGCGAGACCUCCUUGCGGGACAUCCUGUCGUCGGACCGGGACUAGAGAGGCGCAUGGGCGCCUUCGAACCCUCCCUCCGGCGAACGGACGACUCGCUGAUGCUGUCCGCUGUUGCGUUGCGAGAGGGAUGGCCAGGUGGACCUAGUGACACAGACCACGAUAGACCCAGUGCUGGGCGUGCGCGUGUGCGUGCUGUUCCGCCGCGUCGUUUGGGCUGAGGCCUGCGCCGACGGCACGGAGGCACCGGCAGUGACGACUCCAGCGGGUUUGCAGCGAGCUGAUCGGGGCGCGCAUGCCCCCGCGGAGAGAGCGGAGAGGGAAGAGGUGUGAGCGCGAGUGAGAGCGAGCGAAUGGCCGACUACCGUUUCGGUGAGCUGGUGCGUUGUCUUUCAUCGUAGCUGCUGUCCAGCUGGGCGGCUGGUGGCCGGUGAACGGCGGCACAGGGCAGCGGUCGCCCCCAGGAACACGUGUGAACUGUGAUAGCUAGGUUUUGUACGGCGCUGCAGGCGGACGUCUGGAAGGACGGCGGAAGCCAUCCGCGUCUCUCGUCCAACCGGCCGGAUCCGUUCGAGACCCAAUAUCGUCCCAUAUCAUAACCACCGGCAACUUACAUACCGUGCGCAUAUCAGGCCAGUGAAAGCCGACCUCGAGAACAUUCCUGGAUUUGCGUUUGAAUGCCGUGCGGUGCAUGAUGUGUCAGGCUCGCGCACGCCCAGAGCUCCAAGCAGCCUUGCGUGGAAUCAGUUUUGCCGGUCCCGCACUGUGUUAGUUUUGCCAAUAAGGAUUUUUUGCCGCUCUACGGACGUGGUGUUUGCCUCCGUCGAUUUCGGCGGCCGAUCAAGUUCGUGUGGUCGCUUUUGUAUGCCGUGUUUGUCCUUGUUUGUCCUCGCCCGUGCAGCAGCGUCCUGAGGAGCCGACCGCUUCUCAUCCUGGCAGACUAUAUACAUUGACAGCGGUCUUG